AUUUUGUAUGGAACCUACCAAGAAACAUCUCACAAAGCUGCACACCACUGAGAUGCGCAUGUUACGCUGGCCAGCGGGCGUCACCAGGCUCGACAAAAUCAGGAACGAAUAUAUCAGAGGUAGCUUCAAAAUCGCCCCCAUAGUUGAAAAAGUCCAAGAAAAACGUUUGCGCUGGUAUGGACACAUCCUCAGGCGCCCUGAAGACCACAUGAUGCGAGCAGCCCUAGACAUACCAUCAACGAAGCAUGGGCGCGGAAAGCCCUCCGCCACUUGGCUAACGACGGUCCAAAAAGACCUGAAACAAGCAAAUAUGAACCCAGAUAUCGCCCAAAAUCUCCCAGAAUGGAGAAAACGGACAAGGAGAGCCGACCCCAGAUGAUGGGAAAUGGCGCAGGCAGAUGAUGUAUGAUCAUAGCUAUAUGCAUCUUAGGAAACGAAGGAAGUUUACGUUCACUUUAAUGUUAAAAUUAAAAAUAAUAGUAUUGAAAAAUGUUUUUUUAUUACUUUGCCCAAUAGGUGAGCGGCAGUAUGUAUAAUGCCCGGGCAAUUUAAUUAUUUGCAUAUUUAUUUAUUAUCACAUGG